CGCUAGCACUCCAUAGGGUCGGCCGUGUCGUCCAUGGAAGAGCUGCGCUGCUUUUGGAAUGCCUCGGCUGCGUGCACGCAAGAAGAGUGGAAUCCUUGCAACUACGGGUGGCUCUGGGAAGCCCCCAUCGGCUUUGUGACGCUGCUCUGGCUCGUCUUGGGGGCCGCCAUGCUUCACCACGGCCCGUCCACGACGCGCCAUUUCGAACUCGACGUCGCCAAGAUCCACGAUCCCCUCGAGCAAGGCAUGGCCAUCGCAUUGGCGCAGCGCAAAACGACGUCCAAGAAGCGCCCGUGGCUCCUUCGUGCGAUGAAACUGCUCGGUAUGUGGGCCGAGUGGCCCGCGUACACGUACGCGCCGCUUCCGAUCGCGUUCCGGGCCGUCGAGAUCGAAGACGUUGUCGAGACGCUGGCGAUGCGAGUGAGCCCCGUGACCGACGUCCUAUUUCUUGCGCUUGCUGUGCUGGGUCUUCUCGGCGCCCUCGUGCUGCGGCGACUCAAGACGCGGCGCAGCCACGAUCUGUUGCUGCACUUUAUUUGUCCCUUGCUGCUGGAUGUGUUGUACAUUCCCAUCUUGACAGCCUUCCUGCAUCAAAUGACGUGUCCCCACGGCUUUUACCGCAUCCCGUUGCCCGACGGCGCGACGUGCGAGUGCGUCGACCGCUUUGGCUACUUUUGGUUCAUUGGCACCGUUGGCUUUGUCGGCACGUACCUCAGCUCGCUCUACUACAAAAAGUACAUGGAGCCGCUCAGUACGACCAUGGAUUUCCGGUUUCAGAGCGGGUACGACCUCACGAUGGUCAUGGCGCGAACACUCGACCCGAUCCUGAUCAUCCUCAUCAUCUCGCUGCACUUGGAAACACACAAGUCGCGUGCGAUCGUGCUCGCACUUUGCCUCUUGCUCUGCAUGCUCGUGUUGCUCAUCUACUCGUACCAGACGCAGCCGUGCAUCGGAAGCGGCCGCGUCCCCAACAACAUUCGCACGCUGACGUACUCGAGCGCGAUCUACACGACGCUGUGCGUCCUUGCGUUUCUUUUGAAUCCCAACAGCUCCCACCACACCGACUCGCACGGCCUCUUGUACUACUCGCUCACGCCGCUGCCGCUGGUGUGGGUCGCGUCGUGGUAUAUCAACGACCGGCGGGCGCGACGGUACCAUAUUCCCGACCUCUCGAUCGCCGACUUGCUCCACGAGCCGUCGGCGCAAGCCAAUGUCGUCGGCGCGAUCGCAGCGCUCUACAUGGACGCCGCCAAGGUACCCCAGUACGACUGCGAAGCCAUCAUCUCGCGCCUCGACAAGUUUGCACGCAGCAAGUCCAUCUCGGACCCCAUGUGCCGCCUGUACGCGAUCCGGACGCUGUGGUUUUGCUACAUUGAGAGCUUUCGAAAAAGCAAGCGCUGUGUGGGCGAGCCCGACGACGGCGACGUCGUGCCGCACAAACUCUGGCUCAAAGACCGCAACAACCCGGACCGCCCGAUCUCGCUGCCUCGCUUGUCGAGUGCCCACGUCAAACUCGAGUCACGCGUCAAAGUGUCUCGCGCCGAAGAUCUUCAAGCCGUGGUGCACGAGGUCGAGCACCGCAACACCAUCAGUAGCUCCAUCUGGCGGCUCGCGUCGCGCUUUUCCGAGUCGACGUCGCGCGUGGGCUUGACGAACGACGUGCCGGACGCUACAGGUCUACGAGGCGUUGGGAGCCCGAGCAUCAACAGCACAAUGCCUACGGCGAGUACGGCCACCUACCACGUGAUCCUUGUACGCCACAAACACUGGAUAUCCAAAGCUGAGUCACCGGACGCGGCUGUCCAGCACAUGGAAGCGCUAUAUGAGCUGAGCCUCUCGCUGCUCACGCUCACGCACGACAUGGGUCAUGAAGUGGGCAAGCUCGAAGCCGCGCGGUUCCUCCUCGAGUGGUACAAGUCGCGCUACGUGCGACUGACAAAAGCCACCUUUCUCCAAGUGCUCACGACGCUCUGCGCGUCCCCAAAGCCCAAGGUUGUGAUUGAUGCAGUCCACAGUCUUUGGGCGGUCGAAGAGGUCUUCCCCGUGACACGAUGGCUCGCACAGCCCCGGCUCACGAACCAACUGGCGGUGGCUUUGGGCCAUAGUAGCAAAACGACCGUGCUUCAGUGUGCCACGACGCUUCAUCGCAUCUUUGUUCAAGCAUCGACAAUCACAUGUGUCAACGUCUACGUGCUUCUGACGCCCGAAGCCAUGGCCGCGCUGCUUGGUGCGUUUCGGCGCUGGGCCGACGACUACUCGGUGAGCGACGCACUCGAGCAGCUGUACCUAGUGCUGUCGGGCAUUGAACAUCAACGCAAGCGGGCAGCUGCGGCCCCGCGAGGCAAACCCAGCGGAUUUCUGCGGCGUCUGUCCAGCGCAUCGUUCAACGCAAUCAAGGCCACACUCUCAAAACGCCUGCGCCUUUUCUUGCAAAUGCCGCCGCCCGUCAUCACUGAGACGUCGCGUCGGCAUAGCGUGGUCGGUGUCAUCCGGAAUGUCCCGUCGCAAGUGUCAAAUUCACGGCGUAUGAGCUUUGACGCGCCAUCCCGCGUGGUACCUGCCGUCUCGCCCGCGACACCACCGACGCCGACCACGCCUGCUAAAAAGGGAGCUAUUCGAGCGUCCUCGAAGACAACGCCAGAAGAUCCGUCGGCCAACUUCAAGCGUCUCGUUUACGGUGAUGGCAAGCACCAAGGCCCAUCGUCGCAGCCUGGACGCGGCAAGCAGUUUGCAUUCGUGCCCCCCGAUGUGCUGGCCGAGAUCAAGCGCCGGCGCCUCGUGCGCGCUGCGUUCGAUGCCAAGCUCCACAAGAUUGCCGCCGACACGGUCGCUUCGACCAGUGAGAUUGAGAGUCUCGUGACCAUGUGCAUGGACGCCGAAGACUGCGCGUUGAUCAGCUACGUCAACGUGGCGGUGGGUAGUGCCCACCCUGCAGCGCAUGAUCCGCCGUCAUCGCUUGAAGCAACGUCGCCUCUCCGCCGCGUACUAUCAAAAGCCGCGGUGACCAAGGCUGUCGGGCAGACCCGCGCUUUGCUGCACGAGACGCCGCAUGUAUCGAUCAGAUCGCGUAUGAGACGGUGGUGCUGUGGCACGCGGGCGAGUCGCGUCGAGAUCGAGCGACACCAGGUGAUCCGGGACCAUUUGAGAGCCGCGCUGCAGCGUGCGAUGGACGCAGUGCGCCAGAAUGUCCAGCGCGGUCCGUCCAUCUCGGAUGUCGGGGAUACCCCUUUCCUCCCGAGUCCCUUACCGAGCGCAACGUGAUGUUUGAGUGCUUUUGAAUUCACUCGUGACGACCAGUGGCGUCGACCAAACUCAAUUGACAGUACGUUUUGGGCGAAUAAAACUGGGAUUCGAGCCGUACGUGCCCGGAUGUUUCAUGG